UUUUGCACUAAGUACGAGUAAAUAAAUAAGGGCUUUCCCGACAGUUUCCAAGCGAACAGGCAAGGCACGUGAUCUGUCUGGUCUGUGUGUGUGUGGCUGUUGACGAUGGUCAACGGCAUGGUGCGCGAGGUGGACCGCGCAAUCGGGGCGCUAUCCACGCUGGUCGUGGGCGUGGGGCUGCUCGUGCUUCGCGAGGUUUAUCGGAGUAUGCGGGACAAUCAGGGCAAGUGGGAGCGAUGCGACUUAGAUGGCGGCGGCAAGGACGUUUACUACCAGUGCGUGGGGCCAUUGGACUUGGCUGGGAGGCAUUCGAUCUUGGCGACUGGCGACUGAGCUGGGCUGUUUAUUUCUCUCUCGACAUGACUGCAGGAAGAAGUACGGGAUGCCCAAGCUCCCGCUGUUCCAACACCGAGGGAGCUGUGAUUGCGGGUCGCUGAGGUAAGAACUGAGGCGAAUUGUCAAUGGAACUGGAGGAUAUUUAGAUAUUCUGGUGGUGUGAACAGAUUUAUGAUUCUGGCACCCAAGCGAGUGGAGGCGUUCGACGACAGCAACACGUUUUCGUGCAAGAAGGGCAGGUUUCCGUUUCUGGUUAUCCCGACGUCCUGCUUUGAGAUGAUGGAAUCGUCGGAUGUCUCGCUGUAUGAGAGCCAAGCCACGUCGUGCCAGCACGUCUUUUGCGCAAAAUGCGGUAUUCACAUUUUCCAGUUCGACCACACUCAGCCUGACUGCGUUGCAGUUAACGUGUACUGCGUGGAGGAUGAGAACUUCGAGGACAUGAAGAUCAUAUUUAUUCCAAGAGGCUCGCGCCCGCUAUUCGGCCGGGCCAAUAGACUUCCUGUGCAAUUAGAGCAGCCCUAUCGACGCCCCCUGCAAUCCCAGGCAUUCGACACUGUUCAGGAAGAUAGUGAAGAAUCGACCAUCGCAUUCCAGAAGCAGCUGAUGAUGUGGGCGCGCAUGGACAACCACGAAAAGUACCGAGAGCCUCCCUCAGACGAUACGCAGUCUUCUACCAGCUCUACCAGCCAAAACGGACGCUUUUCGUUUGCAUCGUCAGAAGACUCGACGACUGUAACAAAAGACCAGCUCGAGUUCUAUCUCAAGCGCCACUUGGACGACCCACCGCAGCAAGAAUUCCGCGUGUAGUUGCCAAUCCGAAAAUCUCCCAAGCCAAAGUUCUCCUGCUCUUUUAGCAGGGGUCUCCAUAUUCCUGGUUCGUACCGGGCUCAACAAUAGUUUCCCAGUUCCGUCCUCGACUGUCACUGCGCUUGAAGCAGUGCAGCGAGCGAGUUUUGAAGUUAGUUGCGAGCAUUUAGGACUCCAUCUCGAAAAAGUAUGUAAAAAAUAGUACAGCCGAAACUGACUCAAAUCACAAAAUUUGGUCGUGUCGAAAAACGUGGGGCCAAAUUUCAGCUGACAGUUG